AUGGUGAAAUCGAUUAGAAGCGUGAUCAAAGUGAAUUAUCCAUCGAUCGAUCACACGAUGUUGGAAUCGUGUCUUACGCUCGAACCGAGUCUCUCGGAAUUCCACGACUAUUCCAUAUUCAAUUCAAAUGCACCUGUUUAUUUGCUUGGACAUAAGUUCGCGGCUAGAGAGGAUAUGGAUGCGAUAAAAGACUACGUAACGUCAAGACUCUGGUUCACUUAUCGUAAGAAUUUCAUGCCCAUAGGGGGUACUGGACCGACGAGCGAUCAGGGUUGGGGUUGUAUGUUGCGGUGUGGUCAGAUGUUGCUGGCACAGGCAUUGAUUAUACGUCAUCUGGGCAGUGAUUGGACGUGGAAGAGGAACAACAAAGAGGACGAAUAUAAACGUAUCAUCAGAAUGUUUCAAGACAAAAAAUGUUGCUUGUUUUCGUUACAUCAAAUCGCCCAGAUGGGAGUAUCCGAGAACAAACAAAUCGGUGAAUGGUUCGGUCCGAAUACAGCCGCACAAGUGCUCAAGAAGUUGGUGGUUUAUGAUGAGUGGUCGAAGUUAGCCAUUCACGUGGCACUGGAUAAUUUGCUGAUUGCGAACGAUGUGAAAACAAUGGCACACACAAAACCUCCGUCUCGUUUGAGUUCGUCGAAUGCAACAGACUCGUCGGAUCAGUACGAUGCGAGUGCUGAAUCUUCGUUGUGUUCGGAUGUUGAAGGUUCAGUUCGAUUGAGUGCGAUAAUGAAGGAAUGUGACGCGAACAAGUUAGGUUUGAAGAUGGCUGAUGAGAUAAACGGUAACGAAUGGCGACCGUUACUCAUUAUUAUACCUCUGAGACUCGGAUUGACCUCUAUUAAUCGAUGUUAUUUGGGCGCGAUUGAGGCGUUCUUUCAACUGCCACAGUGCACGGGUAUAAUUGGUGGACGACCAAAUCAUGCAUUGUAUUUUAUUGGAAUUGUUGGAGAUCAGUUAAUUUAUCUCGACCCACACGUUUGUCAGAAUUAUGUGGAUCUGGAUGAUGUUGAUAAUUGUGCGUCGUUGGAGCAGCGAGAUGGCUUCGUUGAGGUGAUUUAUUCAGUAUUAUUAUUAUACGCCUAG